UUGAUCAUGUUCCAACCAAGAACAGACGAAGAAAUUGUCAAUUCGACAAAUUAUAAUUUUACUCUAGACAUAAGUUCACUUUUGAGUAAUUCAACAAUAACUAGAAGGUCCAAACGUCUACAACGAAGUAACCUACGUAAUACUCCUCGUCCUCGUCCUCAAAACUCAUUUACAUUAUAUCGUAGAAACAUGGCUGCGAGAUCCGAAUUUGUUGGAUUAAAAUCAUCAUUAAAAUCAAAAAGAAUUGCAGAUUUGUGGAGAAAUGAAACCACCGAAGUUAGAGACUUAUUUAAUGCCAUGGCAAGAUUGGCGUCACGCUGAAAAAUAUUCUCCUCG